CUGCACCGCUUCUCUGCUCCGGGCACAGGACACCAUUGCCGCGGGCAGCCGGGCUCGCGCGUGCCCUCCUCCCUGGGGACUGAUUUCAGCCAAGCCGCGGCCGUGCCACGUGUAGCCCCAUGGCCCCGAACCCCCUGCUGCCGCCAGACAGUGACACCACGCGGGACCCCUCGGCUGCUGUCCCCCAGCCUGGCAGCGCCUCCACCCCAACCCCACGGGUCCCCGAGUCCCCCCGCAGCCUCUCGCCCUGCACGGUGAUGGAGCUGCGGAGCGGGAUGUGCCUGGUGCAGCCGGUGACAUCGGGUCACUUGCUGGUGGCCCUGCAGAGUCCCCUCGGUGUCCGGCGGGUGGGAAGACAAGCGAGAGCCAGCGGCCGGCCGCAGCCUGGAUCAGGGCAGGGACAAAGCGGUGGCCACUCGGUCACCCCCCUGACAAGCAACUUGUCCCAGGCAGAGCCACCAGCUGGGGGCUGCCCCCCGCAUGACACCCAGGGGGCCCUGGCACGGCCCCAGUGCCGCCGCAGCAGGGCUGUCCUCCUUAGGGAGCAGAUGACCCAGACCGAGCCCAGCACGGAGGUUUUGCCACCCCCGCGGGUCGAUGUGAAGACCCGGCUGCCCACACCCCCAGCCCCGCAGCGAGCCCCCCCUGCUGCCCACCCCACCAGCAGCUCCCCAUCCCCACCACCGGCACCAUGCAGCCCCGCAGCCAUCACUAACACCAAGCUGUCCCGCAGGGCCACGCAACAACCCAGGGACAAAUCCAGCUACCGGUGCGUGCUGCACCAGGCCUCCCCCGAGCCUGGCACCACGCCGGGCUCCUCGACCCUGGAGCCCCCGCCAGCCCAGCCUGGCACGGGGGCCUCAGCCCCACGGGAGAGCAGGGGGGUGCGGAGGGUGGAGGGCCGUGCCGAGGAGCAGGAGGAAUACCGCUGUGCCCUGCACCGCACGGCCAAGCGGCUGCGGCGAGUGGUGGAGGCAGAGGUGGCCCAAGGGGGCUACUGGCCCACGACACCUUCCCGGCCGUCACCUCCCAUGAGGGACAAGGGCACCCAGACCAAACCCGUGCCCGUGCUCCCACACCCCACUGAGCACUCCCCUGAGGACACCCAUGCCCCUGGUAGGGACUACCAGGGCCCAGCUGUCCCCCUGCCCCCAGUGCUCUCCAGGGAUGUCCCCACUGCCAGGGCGCUGCCCAAGCCUGGCCCCGACUCGGCUUGGUGGCCCCUGGUGCACCCAGAGCAGCAGGUGGCCCCGCGUCCCGUGUUCCCACCGAUGAGGCUGAAUGCCACCCAGAUUGGCUUUUCGGAGCUGGGUGCCAUCACCGAGGUCACGGCGGGCAGAGGUGGCUCCAGCGAGGACGUGGCCGAGCUGGCACCAUGCGGCAGAGCCCCUGCCACCGCCAUCCCACAGGAGGUGAUGUCCAAGAGCUUCCCCUCUGGCUGUGACGCUGACGAUGGGGACAUGGCAGGCAGGGAGCUGGAGGCCUCUGGACUUAGGACUUUCUUCAUGGAUCUGGCGGACAAGAGGCACGCUGACCUCCUCUGGUCCCUGAAAGAUGCAGAGAUCAAGCGCUUCCUGAAGGAGGACUCGGAGGAGGCUGAGCUCACCCAGUUCCUCCGGGACUGUCCCCCCACUGGCAGCCCCUGCAAAGUGGAGCCCCCCGAGGGCAGGCGGGAGCCCGGCCACCCCCUCUGUGGCAGGGUCCCCACCGAGGAGCCUGCCGAUGACAGGGACACCCGGCCCUUCUCUCGCCCUCGGCCCCUGGAUGCCCAGCAGCUCAUCACGGCCCCCCCGCCGCCCAGCCCCUCCCGGCCGCGCAGCCCCUGGGGGCAGCUGGACCCCUACGACUCCUCCGAGGAUGACAAGGAGUACGUGGGGUUUGCCACGCUCCCCAACCAGGUCCAUCGCAAGUCGGUGAAGAAGGGCUUUGACUUCACGCUCAUGGUGGCAGGGGAGUCUGGGCUGGGGAAAUCCACCCUCGUCAACAGCCUCUUCCUGACGGACAUGUACAGGGACCGCAAGCUCCUGAAUGCCGAAGAGCGCAUCACGCAGACGGUGGAGAUCACCAAGCACGUGGUGGACAUUGAGGAGAAGGGCGUCAAGCUGCGCCUGACCAUCGUGGACACGCCGGGCUUCGGGGACGCCGUCAACAACACCGAGUGCUGGAAGCCUGUGGCUGACUACAUCGACCAGCAGUUUGAGCAGUAUUUCCGCGAUGAGAGUGGCCUGAACCGGAAAAACAUCCAGGACAACCGUGUCCACUGCUGCAUCUACUUCAUCUCGCCCUUCGGCCACGGCCUCCGGCCCCUGGAUGUGGAGUUCAUGCGAGCCCUGCACCAGCGGGUGAACAUCGUGCCUGUUCUGGCCAAGGCGGACACCCUGACACCCUCUGAGGUGGAGCGCAUGAAGAACAAGAUCCGCGAGGAGAUCGACCACUACGGGAUCCGCAUCUACCAGUUCCCCGAGUGCGACUCGGACGAGGAUGAGGAGUUCAAGCUGCAGGACCAGGCGCUGAAGGAGAGCAUCCCCUUCGCUGUCAUCGGCAGCAACACGGUCGUGGAGGCCAAGGGCCGGCGCGUCCGUGGGCGCCUCUACCCCUGGGGCAUCGUGGAAGUGGAGAACCCGUCCCACUGCGACUUCGUGAAGCUGCGCACCAUGCUGGUGAGGACACACAUGCAGGACCUGAAGGACGUGACGCGGGAGACCCACUACGAGAACUACCGCACACAGUGCAUCCAGAGCAUGACCCGCAUGGUGGUGAAGGAGAGGAACCGCAACAAACUGACGCGGGAGAGUGGGACAGAUUUCCCCAUCCCUGUCAUCCCCCCGGUGCCUGAUUCGGAGACGGAGAAGCUCAUCCGGGAGAAGGACGAGGAGCUGCGGCGCAUGCAGGAGAUGCUGCAGAAGAUCCAGAAGCAGAUGAAGGACUCCCACUAGCCCCCUCCUCCUCGUCCUCCUCCGGCCGUGUGCCAUGCGGAUCAGAGAUGUUUACAUCACGCUCCAUCCAAGCCAAGCUGCGAGACUCGGUACCAACAACACCUCUCACCUUAAGCUGCUGCGGUAUCGCCUUAUGGACCUGGGCACCGCGAGGGACGGGGUGCCCAGCCCGGGGGUCCCCCAAACCCUGUCCCGGCCACCCCUCCACCCCCUGGGCUGGGUGCAGCUUUGUCCCCAGUGCUUCGGUUCCUCCUCUGUCGCCCCAGCCCCGGGUAUCUCCCAGGAGGCCACCACCACCCUGCUCCCCACCUUGUGGCUCUUGUCCCUGUGUCACCUGGGGCUGCCUGCUCAGUGUAAAAGGAGAUGAAAGGAGAGGACAGUCCCAGCCCUACAAAACAGGGGCCGCCCCACUGCUGGUUCCCACUUUGGGAAUGGAAGGGAAAAUGUGACUGUAGGGGGCCCGUGGGUCACUGAGGGGCUGGAGGGACAGCCACCACUUGGGCCCGUGGCCACCUCGGUGCCAGCAGAGAAGGGCCUGAAGCUUGAUGGUGCCCAGCCCCAUGUCCUGGGCAUGUUCCCUCUCCCCAGUGAGCACGGUCCCAUGGGAGCACCCCCAGUCAGUGCACAAGGAGCCUUGGGGCAUCACUGUCCCUGUAGAAAAUCCCUUGAACCCUAAGUCCCCAUGAGCAGAGACCGCCCCCGAUGUUGGCCCUAUAGAGCAAUAAUCGCCCUCCCCUCCCUUGGCAAGAGCAUCAUCCCUCGCUGCCAUUUCGGCCCCUGGUGCCGCUUGCUUGUCUCUUGUGUCCCUGUGCACCCCCCAGGACGUCCCCGCCUAUGCUGCUUGCAGGCAGAGCGCUGCUGCCUGGCCCCAGGGGAGCCCCCCCCAGCUCCCUGCUUCCCUGCGGGCAGUGGGGAAAGGCUGAAGGGGAUGGCCAGGCUGCGGGGUGGGGGCAGAACUGGGGCACAGGGCCAUGUCCCCUCCCUGCCAGGGCCCAGGCCACCCUCUCAGGGUGGGUUUGAGCCCCCACGGUGUGGCUGGAGGUGUCCCAGGCUGGGUGGCACAGGGUGCCGGGGACAAUGCCUGGUGGGUACCACCCGUGUCCCUGCAUCGGCUGCAGCCUGAGGGCUCCCUCUGUCACCGCCCCGUGAGCAAGGACCUGCAGGCUGUGUUAGCGCUUUCCUUUUUUUACCUUGCUAUUUUCUUACAGAAGUACCUACCUUUGCAUGACGGUCAUAGAUGCAUUUAUUAAAGUAUACAAAGAGUAUAGGUUUAUAAAUUCUUAUAGAGCUAGUGGAAAUAUUUUUAACCCCUCCACAAACGUUCUCAAUAAAUACGGCUGACCUGG